CGAUCAUAUCACGCGCGAAAGAAAGCGCAGAGUGUGUACCUGGAGAUUAUCGAUAAUGCACCCCAUGUGUUCCUGCCCUUCAUCCUCGCUAUUCCUCCCAGCGCUUGCAAGCACUUCGAUCCAUUCGACUUUUGUCCUACCUGUCCCUUUCGUAUUGUGAUCCACUGCCAACAAAAUCCAUCGCCGGCAGCGUUGCGUUAUUUAUCAAUGGCAAUUCCGCCGCCUCCAACUCUUCCUACGACCGCGUGGACUCAUGCGUACAGCAGUCCAACUCGCAAUCAUCAAAGCGGGCAGUUAAUCGGCAAUGGAUCCUUCGGAUUUGUUUGGCGAAUUGCGGAAGAUCGCGUUAUGAAAGAACCGAAAAUCUACCCCUCAAAAAACCCCGACACAGCUUAUUCCAACAUGGUAAAUCGCGCUGAAAUUCUGAACGAGAAGGCCGUCUACGAGCGACUGGGAAGCCAUGACGGAAUCAUCCAAUGUUUCAAAGCACUGGACGAGUCAAUUGAGCUCGCUUUUGCCAACCAAGGCGACCUAUCGACCUAUAUGCAGGCAAACCCCUUACCAUCUCGAGCGUUCAGAGCCAAGUGGAUUCAGUUGCUGGUGGAUACCUUUAGCUACGCGCAUGCUCGCAGGGUUGUCGUCCAAGACGUUGCUCUCCGGAAUAUCCUCGUACACGACAAUUCCUUAAAGCUGUCAGACUUUGGGGAAGCCUUCUUGUUACCAUUAGACACCGACGUGGAACGCUUUUGUGUCAACGAUACCACCCCUCAAAUUGAGAUACUUCAUCUCGGGUGCAUCUUGUACUCUAUUGCCGUCUGGCAGGAGUUCAAAUAUAAUUACUUCGACACCGAGCGCUGGCCAGAAGCAGAAGAGCUGCCUGCGACGGACGACAUCCUCUUUGCGAGCAUCAUCAAAAAGUGCUGGAACGGAGAGUAUGCCAGUAUGGAAGAACUCCAGAAGGACAUACAUGGUAUGGUGGAUGAGUAAAGAUGGGAUAGAUUUUGA